AUGGCCCCAACGCUUUCUUAUUUGGCAUUGACCAGCGCCCUUCUCUCGCUUUCUUCGUGUAUCUCUGUUUGUGCUACGCUCAGUCGCAGGUCCUCAGACGUGAACACCGUCUGUGCUAGCAUAGCAUCCUCCAUUUCGUCGGCCUCAGAAGUUUUUUACCCUCUGUCCAUACAGUAUACCGCGGACAACGCUCACUGGGCUUCAUCAAGCGCGCAGUCGUCGACAUGCUCAGUAGAGCCCGGGACAGCUGAGGACGUUGGAACCAUCGUUAAAGGUGGCGGCCACAGCUCCAAUCCCGGCUUCUCAUCUACCGCCGGCGUCCAAAUCUCCAUGUCCCGCUUUGGUGAAGUGAUCUACGACGAAGCUGCAAGCACUGUUGAGAUCGGGGCGGGCCUUAUCUGGGACGACGUAUAUGAGGCUCUUGCGCCGUAUGCAGUCAACGUCGUUGGAGGUCGUGUGACGGGUGUUGGCGUGGCUGGGUUCACCCUUGGCGGAGGGUACUCGUGGAAGUCCAACCAGUACGGUCUGACGGUCGACACUAUUCAAGCUUAUGAACUUGUCCUCCCUAAUGGGACUGUCACAACCGUCACUUCCGACAACGAUGACCUCUUCUGGGCUUUGAAGGGUAUUGUGACUAAGUUCACCCUCAAGACAUUCCCUCAAACCGAAGUCUGGGGCGGACUCAUCACCAUCACUGAACCCUAUCUCAACCAGACCGCAGCCGCGGUCGCAUCCUUUGUGGCAAACACGACCGACCCGAAGGCCGCCACCAUUCCUACAUUCAACUUCGUGCUUGGUGCUCCUGGUGUUUCGCUCUUGUUGUUCUACGAUGACCCGACCCCUCCAGAUGGUAUUUUCGACGAGUUCCUCGCGAUUCCGUAUUUCACCAAGGAUGUCAGCACGAGAUCCUUCGUGUCGUUAGUCCAGAGUGCACCGGCUAACACCACGUCUGGGCUUCGUGGGCUCUUCAAUACGGUCUCUGUCACGGAUUACUCGAACAACCUUAUGGACGUCAUCAUCCAGGAAACCAUAAAAUGGGGAACCAAACUCCAAUUAUCCCUCGACUCCGGCGCCUUCAUUUCCUACGACGUCGAGCCCUUCCUUCCCAACAUGCUCUCCAAAGGUCCCGACUCCGCUUUCCCACCCACCCGCUCCGUCACAUACUUCCCCACCAAUAUCUACUACGCAUACAUCGAUCCUCUCUUCGACUCUACAUUCCACGACGCAUUAAUCGAGACGGCGAGCACUAUCCGGGCGGCGGCGGUUGCGGAGGGCCAGGAUGUUGACGAUGCGCCGAUAUACGGGAAUUAUGCUCUCUAUGACGAGGAUCUAGAAAGCAUAUGGGGAGAUAAUGUGGGGAGGUUGAAGGCGAUCAAGGCGAGCGUGGAUCCGGGUAAUGUUAUGGCGUUAGCGGGCGGGUUUAAGUUUUGA